AUGGCUUCUUGCUCGGUCAUUGAUCCUUUUCAACGUGUACACACACACCCCACAGACUUCUUUGUUGGACUCAUUAAUUCUGACUCUCUGCGAACUUUUCCCUCGCCCUUUUCUUACAGGGCCUUCGUCUCUUGGAGCCGGGAAUUUCCUUUUUUUUUUUUCCUUUCUCGUCCUACUCUCUCCAUUACGACGUCUCGACACCCAUACAUCCGGACCGAAAACACCCCACGAAAAGGUAAAUGCCGUUCUAUCUAUCUAUCUAUCUAUCUAUCUAUCUAUCUAUCUAUCUAUCUAUCUAUCCUCUCUCCUACAGUAGAUGACGCAAUCUACCUCUCUAUAUCUCUAUCUCUCUGUAUAUCUCUCUCUGACUCUAUCUAUCUAUCUAUCUAUCUAUCUAUCUAUCUAUCUAUCUAUAUAUCUAUCUCUCUCUAUGGACGUGAACUUCAUUACACAUCGGGGUUUUAA